AUGUACAUGCCACGGUCUUUACUUUUGAAUCUGGCAAGCUGCCUCUCUUUGGCAACGUUCGUUGCUUCAUUCUCCACCGAUGACCAAGGAUUCUCACCUGCUAAACGCAAUACGACGAUCGAACAGAGCUUGUUUUACGACAUCAACGGUGCCGAAGUAGAGAAAAGGAUUGCAAAACUGAAAGCUAAGGGAUAUCGGCCGACGUCUCUAAGUAUCUAUGGCUCGCACACCGAUGCGAAAUAUGCCGGCAUCUGGACGAAGCAGGGCGGCAAUGCAUACGAGACUAUACUGGGCGCCAAUGAAACCGCCUACAACGCCUGGGUAGAUUAUUGGAGAGCCAGUGGAUAUGUUUCUACACACGUUUCCGCCUCCGGAUCUGCCUCCAUUGCGCUGUUUGCCGGAGUGAUGCAGGAAAUGCCUUCGAUCCGAACCUGGGUCCAGCAGUGUGGCCUUAACAACCCUUACGCUUAUGCAAAUGCGACAAUGGAUAUACCAAUGAUCAUCAAAGGCGUAAGCAUGUAUGGACUCCCAAACGAGCGCCAGUACUGCAUCCUGGGGCAUGAAGACACGGUGAACCACCAACAAACCAUCUGGUACCAGACAGACUCGUUUGUCAACCACUACAAAACGCUUGAAGCUGCUGAGACUUCAAAGAGAUACUGGAGACCGGUUUAUAUCGACGUUUCUGAAGACCUAGUCCUAACACCGAUUUUCGACGACACGAGUGUUGGGCAGUGGAACGCCCUUACGGAUCUCAUCACAUCGCAAUUGGGUCCGGAGAUAGCCGCACGAAAGGCAAAGAACAUGUACCCCAUCCAUAUCUCAGGCGCGGGCACUGCAGGAGUAAGAUAUGCUGUGAUCUUCGCCGAACAAACAACGCCUAUUGAUCGCGAAUGGCACACCACAGGCACAGUCACCGGCUUCGACGACAACGCCGGGGUCAGCAAUGCUCUGGAUAAAGUCAUGCAAAAGUUCAUGAGAAGGAACAGCGUUAGGCAAGCUCAAGUCGCCGCUUCAGUCAAUGGGACAGUCAUCGCUUCGCGCGCGUACACAUGGGCUGAGAGCGACCGCGCCGUUACCCAGCCAUCGGAUAAAUUCCUUCUUGGAAGUGUCUCAAAGGCUUUCACGUAUGCAGCAACAAACCGUCUUAUCUCCAUGGGUCUGCUGAACUUGACUACUCCCGUCUACCCGUUCCUCGGAUACAACGCGCCCGCCGACGAACGCUCGUUGAACAUCACUGUCCAACACCUCUUGGACCACACUGCCGGGUUCGAUCGCUCGAUGUCUCCAGAUAUAGGUUUCAUAUUCACAACCGUCGCACAGUCUCUCAAUCAAGCCACACCUGCCACGCUGCGGCAGGUCAUCGAGUACGUAGUUGCGCGGCCGCUGGACUACACCCCAGGGGACAGGAGUGUGUACUCAAACUAUGGGACCAUGCUUUUGAGCUAUAUUAUCACAAGCAUGACAGGCGAGACAUAUUCCUCGUAUAUUGAGAAGAAUGUACUUGCAGGGCUGGACGUUGAACUCUGGAGCACAGCUGCAGAGUCGCACAAGUCAGAUCCCAUUGUGCAAGAGACAAAGUUUACGGGUAUCUCUGCGCUAGUACCGCUUUCAGAUUACAGAGUCUCGAGUGCGAACGGUGGAGACGGGUCGAUCAAAGAAGAGGCAAUUGGUGCUUUUGGUCUAAAGGCCUCUGCUGCCACAGUUUCUCAGUUUAUCGGAAGCAACAAUGUGUAUGGUCUUGGCGGUCGCGUACCUUGGAACUAUCGGGAUGGUACCGUGGCUGGUGCACGCGCCAUCGCGUACAGUUUGUCUGAACUUGACUGGGCCUUAACAUUAAACACUAGAGAAUACGUUGACGGGGCGGCGUGGGAGAACUUAGUGUUCACUGAUAUUCAGGAUGUCUGGGGUCGCUUCGCUCUUACUAAGUGA